UUCACCGGCGGCCUGGGAGCCGGCGAGGGUCUCCUUAGUACAGAAAGGAUGCAGGAGCAAGGGAAGCAGGGUAAUUAUUAUAAGUCGCAAGAUUUACAUUUUUAUUUUUAGCGGAAUUAAAUGUACAAUCUUACUAUCUUGCAGUUUAAUUGGAAUAUAUAUAGGUUUUUUUUCUUUGGACGUUAAAUUCAGGAUGGAGUACCGAGAGCAAGAAAAUAUACAGUAUAUAUAAUAAACUGUACAGCAUUUUUUAACAGCCUAAUUUGGAAUUGCCGGCGUGCUGGGGUUUUCGCUAAAGGAUUUUUAAAAUAGUGUUUUUUUCUACUUGUGUCCGUAUUCGAAUAACUUUAAAUCCAUGGAGAAGGCGACGCAGCCCCAGCUUCAGCUGACGAUGUCAAAAACCGCCGAAAGUCCAGCCGAGGAUAUAUCCAAGUUGACGGACGACGAUUUGCUGAAGUGGAGCAAGGAAGACCUGGUGCGGAGGCUGCGGAAGGCUGAGGACGAGAAGAUGAGCCUGAUGCUGGACCACAGUAAUCUGAUACGCGAGGUUAAUCGGCGGCUUCAGCAGCACUUGAACGAAAUCCGCGGAUUAAAGGAUGUGAACCGGAAGCUCCAGGAGGACAACCAAGAGCUGCGGGACCUCUGCUGCUUCCUGGACGAUGACAGGCAGAAGGGGAAGAAGGUGUCACGGGAGUGGCAGCGGCUGGGCCGCUACAGCGCCGGCGUCAUGCGCAAGGAGGUGGCCUUCUACUUACAGAAGUUAAAGGAGCUGGAGGCGAGGCAGGAGGAGGUGCUGAAGGAGAACCUGGAGCUGAAGGAGCUCUGCCUCCUGUUGGAUGAGGAGAAAGGCGGGGUGGGCAGCGCUCUGGUGGGCUGCCGGAACUCAGUCGACAGCCAGGGCAGCCCCUGCCCCAUGGUCACACCUGGCUCUGGCGUACCACGGGACCUGGGAGAUGGUAGCAGCACAUCCAGUGCGGGGAGCACGGACAGCCCCGACCACCUGGUCCACAAGCAGCAGCCGUUGGCGUGCUCUGGGGCAGGGGGCAGCCCAGAGCUCAUUCACAAAGUCAGGACUGGGGAGGUGUCCAGUUCCGAGCCUCUAGGGCGGCGCCGGAGCACCAGCCCCGAAUACUCUAUCCCACUGCUCCCUGCAUGCCGACCUCGCUGUGGGUCGGUUUCCACACCUGACCACAAAACCCUGCGGAGGCAAAGUCCUGAGAAGCAGGGCAAGUCCUGUGCAGACCGGCUGGCCCAGAAGCAUCUGCUCGGGGUCGGGGCUGGGCCAACCAGCCCGGAGGCUUUCCAGAAGCACAGGGGCAGCAUAGGCGGCGGAUGCAGCGGCCUGGAGAACAAGCAACAGACCCUGAUCUCCACGCCAGAGCACCUACAGAAGGGACGUGCGGUGGGGAGCGGCUGCCCCGAAGUGAGGCUGACCAGCCCCGGCAGGGAGGCGCUGCAGAGGAGACCGGCGGGGGAGGAGUCGUCACCGCACCACCGUGGCCUCUACAAUGGCAUGAACGUUCUGAUGUCGGCUGGCUGUUGCACCAACACCUGUCGAAGUGUGAAGCUCUGGGACAGUUUUGACGGAUCUUGACUUUCGCUGAGACUGGGUCCUUCUGUAGGCCCGAGAGGUGGUUACCUCCUGGCCCAGCAGAGACGGGUGGUGCUCUCCAUUCUCCAUUCAACAAGCUGCAGUUGCCCUUGGAUGCAAACCCUUCCCCAGAAAGAACCACCCCUCAUGAGAGGCAACCCCACACGACAUCAUAAGUCGCCCUCGAUCAUCCAUGUGUCCUUGUACUUUCUGCUUUAUACGUUGUGUCUCUACACAUUAAAAGCCUGCCAUGAGCAUUCUGUGGGAUAGACUUGGGUAUAGACCUACCUCCUUGGAGAAUAAAGCAUAUAACAAAGCAAGAGGCAAACAUUUUGCCCUUGUUGUUUACAGCAUUUACUCUACAGGAUGACUUGAACCCAUAUCUGUUGAACUUCAGAGCUGGGUCCAUAGGCGUUCAUCAGUCCUAAGAGGGUUUGGGGACUGAGGUAAAGCCUUUGCUAUCUUCUCUCCCAAACACUACCUGCUCCUCUCAACUGCAUGUGAACUUUCAUGUCCCAUACUGGUGUUACGUACAAAACAUCACAAACAUCUAGAUGCUGCCCCUCUACCAUACCCAGCCGCUACUUACUAAAUUUUCUGUGAUUUUUUUUUUUUAUUAUUGUUGACGGAAAUAACUAUAUAAAACAAAGUAAAACAAAACUUUAUGUUUUUAAGAGAUGUAAAGAGUAGUUUAACAGUUUAGUUUUCUAUAUAUAUAACUACUAUUAUUAUUAUUAUUUUUGAUGUACUGAUAAUAUUAUUAUGAUAAUUAUUAUACCCAGAGAUGAAUGUAUAAGAUAAUAAAGUGUCUUUUUUUCUAUAAAAUGUUUGAAAGGUGCUUUUCACACAGAGUCACAAUAUAUGGCUUUCAUUGCCUCUCCUAAAACACAUUCACACACAUGUACACAGGCUUACGCAAAUGAAAAUGCUUUGAAAGAAAAACAUGCAAGACCAUAGUGCAGCCACUAAUCCAGUGUUGCCCAGCCCAGUCCUCAGGGAACCCCGGACAGUCCACGUUUUUGCUUCCUCUCAGCUCCCAGCACACCUGCACCAGGUAUUCGGUGUUCCUGAUUGGCUGGGAGCUGUGACGGAGCAGAAACGUGGACUGUCCGGGGUUCCCCCGAGGACUGGGUUCGGAAACACUUCGCUAAUCUAUGUCAAAAUGUGUGCUGGCUAUCAGGAAAGAGCGGGCCUCCGCUGUGAAGAGCUGUGUAUGCAGCCUCUGCCCCAGUGCAUUGACCUUUAAAGACGCGAGGAGGGCGGUAGGGCUUCAGAGGACCGUGUUUACAUACCUGGCUGGGGUUUGAAGCGCCAAAGCAGAUUCCCUUCAGUGAGCAUGAGUCAUUUGGCCCUGGACACCUCACCGAUAUGGUGCUAGUACAGAAAUUUUUAAUACUCACCGUUUGUUAUAGGAUCCAAAAAAUAAUCAUGCUUGUGAAACAAUGAUUUUGAGAAAUUGUGAAUAUUGGCCUGAACACAGCUGUGUGUUUGAAACAGUUCAGCUAUAGAUUUGGUCAGGGCAGGGUUGGAGCAUCUUUCAGACGAUGGUAGGUUAGCAUUGGAGCAUCUUUCAGACCAUAGGGUAGGUUAGCAUUGGAGCAUCUUUCAGACCAUAGGGUAGGUUAGCAUUGGAGCAUCUUUCAGACCAUAGGGUAGGUUAGCAUUGGAGCAUCUUUCAGACCAUAGGGUAGGUUAGCAUUGGAGCAUCUUUCAGACCACAGGGUAGGUUAGCAUUUGAGCAUCUUUCAGACCAUAGGGUAGGUUAGCAUUGGAGCAUCUUUCAGACCAUAGGGUAGGUUAGCAUUGGAGCAUCUUUCAGACCACAGGGUAGGUUAGCAUUGGAGCAUCUUUCAGACCACAGGGUAGGUUAGCAUUGGAGCAUCUUUCAGACCACAGGGUAGGUUAGCAUUGGAGCAUCUUUCAGACCACAGGGUAGGUUAGCAUUGGAGCAUCUUUCAGACCAUAGGGUAGGUUAGCAUUGGAGCAUCUUUCAGACCACAGGGUAGGUUAGCAUUGGAGCUUUUUUCCAUCCAUAGGGUAGGUUAACAAAGCAAUGUGGCUGAUCUUCAUGUCUCGGUCUGAAAUGGCUGCCCUUUGUUGAGUUUGUACUUCUCCAUCAACAAACAGUCCUCUAACCUUUAAUUGACAGCAGUUAAUAUUUUUAUUUAUAAAUACUGAAGCUGAAGGAUUCUACGUGGCGUUCCAGGAUUCACGGGAGUAAUAAAGCACAGCGAUCUUUUAGAAGCAGCACACAAACUACAGCUCCACCAUGUCAGAAAGCAAAACAUUGGAGGCAUUCAUGGUGCUCUGUUAAACCAAAUAUCCCUACACAGGUGUGUAGUUAUGGAAUGAUCCAACUGACAUAAUGAUGCAAAGUUACAGGAAGUCAAAAACUGGUUGAAUUAUCUGGCUAAGAAAUCUAGAGCAGGAUCAUUUGCACUCCCUUCCAUAUUGAUUACCCUUCAUUUGUCUGACAGCGGUGUGAAUGUUCCCUCUUGAGUAAAACUGAAAAAAGUGUAUUAAAAAUCA